UCCUCAGCCUGUGUUUUUCCUUUAUUUGCAUGCAUAACCCAGAAAGUGGAGCAGUUUUGUUUCCUUUUUUUCUCCAGCAGAUUCUGUUCCUCAUCACGUCCCUCUCCUGAUCGUCAUCAUGAACCUCCUCACUCCGGUGCUGCUUCUGCUGGCUCUCUCUGGAUGUUCCAGCGAAGUCGUACCUGAUUUUACCCAGACGUGUCCUGAUUUCUUUGCUAACCCAGGAGGAACUCGGUCUCCUCCGACUGUGUUUACAGGAAAUAAUUACAAACAGAUCUGCCAAAAACGAGAGAUCACAUAUGAAUACGCAACACUGUAUGACACAACAAACAGGAUCCCCGUCUACUCAGCCUACAAGUUUGAGGGUUUAAAGAGCUGUAUCAGAAUAGACAACUGGUAUAUUGAACCUCAGCUUGAAGUCCUCGGCCCGAAGAUGAUAUCUGAAAGCAGCAUGAUACAAAAUCAAGCCAUCAAUCAAGACUAUGCCAAAAAGAGCCGCCCGAUGUACGAUAAAGGACACCUGGCUCCAGUCCACCAUGCCAGGUCACAGAGCUGCUCUUACGCCACCUUCACCCUCACCAACGCCGCCCCACAGGACAGGUCUUUCAACAGAGGCCAGUGGAGGAAGACGGAGGAAGGCGUGGCUGAAGACGUGAAGCACAAGUGUAAGGGAAAUUAUGUCUACAUCGUCACUGGGGUGGUUCCUGGGCCUAAUACUCUCAACAACAGAGUUUGUAUUCCCAGUCACUUCUGGACCGCUUACUGCUGUCUAGACAACAAUCUGAAAGUGACAGAUUCACGUGGUUUCAUAGGAAACAACAUAAACGUCUCAGUGGAGAAUAAAACAGUCAGUGAGCUAGAAGGAAAGCUGACUAACCUGUAUGGUAAAGGGACUUUCCAAGUAUUUGCUGGUAACUGUAAUUAA